GUCGGAAGACUGGCUCACUAUGCAUUUGAUGCAGUCCUGAUAUCUGCAUUCCUGGCGGGCAUGAAACGCUCAACCGGCUUAACUUUCAAGAAAGAAGCUCUCACCGAGAACAAAGACAUAAACCACUGGAUCGAUAAGUACCUAGGAGUCGGCGAAUGGGUGAUGGACCAAUCUGUUGCCAUCGCAGGAUCUUCGAGCUGGUUCGAGCGAAAGCGGUAG